CUCUACUUUUGUAUUCUCAAUUUUUAACCCAUAAGUUAUUAGACUGGGCAACUCAAUCCAUUUUAGUGUCGGGUUUGCACAAUACCCGAGUCGGUUCGAUCUACUCGUUAAUCUGUUAUUAUUACAUUGGAUGGUUCACAUUUGUACACACUAUUUCAAGCUCAGACCAAACUAAACAAACUCGUCUACAUUUGAAGAACUCAAAAACAAGAUCAAAGAAGGAAGAUCAUUAAUGGCGGAACCAAAACAAAGCUCUCUUUCUGAGGUGAAGACAAAUGUGAUUGGAAGCAGAAAAGAAGAGAAGGAAUCGAUGUUUCAUGGGAAAGAGACUCAUGGAAGAAGUGAAGACAUUGAUGAGAAGACAAGGGUUGAUGAUGUUAAAGGACCUGGUGUUCUCGGGCGUAUGAUGGAAGAAAUGGAAGCCAUUGUUGACGCUGUUACUCCUAACAAAAGUUCUGACAAGUAAAAUGAUUAGUAUCGUUUCUAGUUCCUAAGAUCCGGUCACAAACUAUAUACUUCUGUUGUAAGAACUGUAACCACCCCCUUUGCUUAAUAAAGACACGAGCUUUUAGAUUCUUGACAACACCAUAUCUAUAGAUUUCAAUGAAGAGAUUAAGAACACAAAAUCAAAAGAAUGAAUCUCUUUUUAUUAGUCUAGGAAAAUUCCUCAAAACCUAAACUCUCAAUGUAUUCUACAGCUCUCUCAAAGGCUAUGUUACAA